AUGGCCCCGGGCGCACCUCAACUGCCCACCCGGUUCCCUUGCUGGUGCCGAGCCGUGUACUCCUGGGGCGGAGAAACCAAGCGAGAUCUGGGUUUUGUAGAGGGCGAUCUGAUAGAAUGUUUGAACGCGGGCGACGGUCAGUGGUGGAUGGGUCGACUGCGACGCGAUCGGCGCAUGAUGGGACUGUUUCCAUCCAAUUUCGUCGAAGUGCUGAGCGAGAACUUCGUCCCGGUCAGUCGCACGGAGAGUCCGAUGGGCCCAAAGGCUCAGUCUCCGAUCACAAAUCCGACCUCCGCACCGAAGAAACAGAAGACCGUGUUUAGAAGGCCAUUUCAAGCUCAUAAGGAAGCGAUUGCGCCUUCUGGGGAGCUGUCCCGAAACGGCUCCUCGAUAUCGCCGGUAACAAGCUCGAUUCCCCAGACUCCGCCCCGAGAUGGGAGCCUUUCGCGGAAAGUCAAGCCUCUGCGCACUCCGGCAACCGCGGUGAAACACAGAAGCUCGGUGGCUCGGCCUUCUUCACAAUCAGGAUCCUCCCCACGGAUAGCGUCACCAUUAAUCCCACAGUCGCGACCCCAGCGAGAACCAUCCUCGGCAACUCCCACAGGUCAGAUCGUUCCAGUAGCGCGACCGCCAUCUCGCGCAGUAUCCCCUCGUCCACCGCAAGAAAUAGAACUCUCGUUACCUACUAUCCCCCCGGGGCCAAGCUCCGCGCGCUCCAGACCUCCGUCGCGCGCAGCGUCUCCCCUGCCACCCCCAGAAAUGAACUACCUCCCACCUUCAGUACCCACGGGCUAUCACCAUGCUCCCUUCCGCCAACCCUCGUCUCGUGAAAUCUCGCCUUUAGAACUUCAGGAUCGCGAAGAUUCACCGCCCCCGCCGCCUCCGCCCCCGCAUCGAGUCGCAGUCAAUCGACAGCCGUCCAUGGAGCUGGGCGUUCCGGCGCAUUAUGAUAUGAACGAUCGUUAUGUGACAAUGUCAAGAACUCCAUCUCCGGCAGCGCAUUCCCGUAGACAUACCCCCUCCCCGCUUCGAGACGCCAUGGAGGAUGUGAUGACAUCUUUGGAGGAUAUGGGAUUGUCGCGUCCUGGACAAUCACCGUCCCCGCAACCGUCCUAUGACAACCCAUGGUCGCCCGAUGCUUAUGAGAGCCUAAGCCAGCCCCCACGAACAACGGGUCGCUCGAUGACAUCUCUAGGUUUUGAAGGGGACAAAGAUGAUAUACCUCCCAGCGCGCCGCCUCACCGAAACAAUGUCUAUCCUACGGACCAUUUCCUCGACAGCCCACCGCAGCUUAACAAUUACGUGCAGAGGAUGGAAAGUCGGCUUCGACAGAUGCAGGAGCAGAAUCGAAGGGGAUCGGAGGAUAUACACCUGUCAGACGAGGACGAGGAGCCUCCUCCACCACCCCCGCGACACGUUCCUUAUCAUGGACGGCACAAUUCUGUGCCGGCGCAUUACUCCUCGUAUCCGACGGGCCGGCGAUCAGGGCAAGAUCUGAGAGGCGAUAUCCUUGACCGAAGCUAUACGAACAAAUCGAGCACAACCAACUCCUCGAGUGGGGUGCAGAGUAAUGGCACCAACUUGACGACCAGCACCGAAAGAACAAGCCAAAGCUUGAUAAGUGGCGCAUCCGCCGGCGGGUUCAGUGCCACCAGCGCGGGAAGCUACGCCCGGAGGAAUGUGGGCGCUAACGGACGACCUAAUACGGCCGUUGACGCUUUUCGUGGUAGGGGCUUCAGCGACAUCUCGCGCAUGUCGCCUCGACCCGAAACUCCACUUACCGGCAUCUCCUACCACUCCAGUCACAACACUUCUCGGCAGGGUGCUUCGUCGGCGAUUCCGUGGACGUCCCCCGAUACGGUCACCGAAGAAUCUGCUGGAGUGUUCGGAGGGCUUUCAACACCAAAGGCCAAGAAGCACGGGUUUUUCAAGAAAAUCUUCGAAUCAGCAAAGACUGGGGCGGCCAAUGCCAGAAGCAGCAUCGCGGUUGGGCAGAAUGGCGGCUCCUAUUCACCGACCAAAGGUCGAGCCAUAUCUCCCAUUCGCUCCGCACAGUCACACAGAGACACGGCCCGUGAGAUGGGCCUUGGUAGUGCUAUUGACUGGGUGCAAGUCCGGCGGGACGUGAAUCGAGCUAGCUCUCCCAGCCGAAACGAGAGGGUCGAGCGGGCUGAACGAUGUCAGAUGAUGGACCACCCGGUGAUCUAUGCGGUGGAAGAAUUGUACGAAAGCGCUGAAGGCGACGAGAGCAUCGACGGGCUACCGAUCAGCGAGCCUACGGAUUUCGGCACCGUCAAUCUCAGCCUCGUAGACAAGAGCGCCCGUUUUGUCAACAGCCUUCCACCGAUGACCAAUCCGAUGAGUCUUGCCCAAGGGUAUGUAUGUCGGCCUUACAAGAGUGACGUGCAGCGACUUCGGGCCCUCUUCACCUGGGUCAGUGAAAAGAUCGCGUGGGAUGAACCGGUAGAGGAAAUGGACAUUGACCUCAAGAGAGUCCUCCAGACGAAAAGAGGAAGUCCCCAAGAAGUUGCCUUCCUUGUACGAGAGAUGUGUGCCGCCGUUGGUCUGCACGCAGAGACUAUCAAAGGAUUCCUCAAAACGCCGGGCGAACUGUACGAGAUUGACAGCCUCUCUCGACCAAAUCAUUGGUGGAACGCGGUUCUGGUUGACGGCGAAUGGCGCAUUAUGGACUGUUCCCUCGCCAGUCCAACCAACCCGCAGAGAAGCCAAUUUGUUACAACCUUCUCGCCCGCAGCCGAAACAUGGUACUUCCUGGCGCGCCCUCUAGAGAUCUGCUACACCCAUGUGCCUCUGAUCCCUGAGGAGCAACAUAUCUGCCCGCCGAUCUCGCCGGAUGUUCUUCUCGCUCUACCCGCCGCAUGCCCGCCCUAUUUCAAAAUGGAUAUGCAGUUCCCAGACUACGACACUAGCUUAGUCCGAAUUGACGGUCUGGAAGUCAUGCAAAUUCGCCUAAUCGUACCUCCCGACGUGGAAUGUGCCGCCGAGGUUGAGACGCCUAUUUUCGCCCGCGACUCGGAUGGGGAUUUCUUUGAGAGUGGCGAGGUGGUACGCAAGCGGGCAUUGGUCCAACCUGACUGGAUUCAUGGCCAUAAGCGAAUCACCGUGAAAGCGGUUCUACCGGGCGAUGAAGGCCAGGGGAUACUGAAGGUAUAUUCGGGCAAGAAGGGGCUGAUGCAUUCAAAUCGCGAUAUUCCUCAUCCACUGGCCCUGUCAUUGCCCAUUAUGCAUAGUGGCGACAAUCCGCCGUAUGAAUUUGUCCUGCGCCAUCCGACUCCGCAUGCCCAGCGACAUGAUUUGUACAUAAUGCAGCCGCAAUGCUCCAAGUUGGCCGUCAACAACACCUUUGUCUUCGCCGUUCGCCAGCAUCCAUCCUCCCUCCCAGUCCCGUCUAGUGGCAACGAAUCUGCUAUGAGUGGCCGUAUCUCCCCGUCCAUCCUGGCCCGGCCAGCGAGCGCUCUUAGUAUGGUUUCUAGUUCUGCGGGUGGCUCCUCCGUCUCUACUGUCUCAAACGAGUUCUCGGCCUCGACGUCUGCCAUUUCGUCCAACCGAUCAAACUCGGGGCGAGAGAAACCUGCCAAGUUGGCGAUCCAAUCGCCCUCGGGCAAGAUCUUGCGACUGAGCCGCAAAGCCGACCACAUGGUCAGCGCCACGAGCAGUUCAGACUCCGCCACUGAUGCUGCAGCCGAAGGCAGCGUGUGGGAAACGGUGAUCAAGAUUGGGGAGCGCGGUGUAUGGAGAGGACUCGUCCUUGCGGAUCGUGUUGCCCGAUGGUGUGUAUUCUGCGAAUGGGAGUGCUUCUAA